GUGGGAAGCGCGGGAUCCCGCGAGGUGGAGGCGAGGGGUCCGCGCGCCCAUGAGGAGCGGCCAUGGAGGCGGGGGGGCCCGCCGAGCGCCGCAGCGCGGAGCCAACCCAACUUCUGAGUGAGCAGCUGAAUUGUAGUCAGUCUCACAGAGAUCUGAUGAUGAUGAUCCAGGAAAUGAAAAAGUGUUUGCCUGAAGAGAAAAGGAGCUCCAGCAAGCCCAGUACCAUCAAUGCUCUCAACUACGCCUUGCAGUGUGUUCAGCAGGUCCGAGCAAACAAUGACUUUUUCCAGGCUCUGAAUGACCGAAGAGGGUUUCAGACGGAUGUGAUGACAUACAGCAUAGAAGAGCUGGUGGCAGUUGCAUCGGAACACACUCCAAAAAACACUGACACAUUUGUGGCUGUGUUUUCCUUGCUUUCUGGACGCAUAGUGCACAUUUCUGAGCAGGCAGCAUCCAUUCUAAACUGCAAGAAGAAAGUGUUAGACUCCUCCCGGUUUGUAGAGCUGCUUGUCCCUCAGGAUGUGAGUGUGUUCUACACACACACUGAUCAGUCCCACUUGCCGCUUUGGAACACCGAGAGUCAAACAGCAUCUCUGUAUGAAUAUGCCCAGGUGAAGUCCUUUUUCUGCAGGAUCAGGGGUGGUAAAGAUCAAGAACAAGAAACUCGUUGUUACCCCUUCCGAAUCACCCCAUACUUGGUCCGUGUGUGUACUUCUGUCCACCUGGAUGCUGAAUCCUGCUGCUUAGCUUUGGCUGAGAAAAUUCACUCUGGAUAUGAAGCUCCUCGAAUUCCUAUGGAUAAAAGAAUCUUCACCACCACUCACACACCUGGAUGUGUUUUUCUUGAGAUAGAUGACAGAGCAGUGCCUUUGUUGGGUUACUUACCUCAGGAUUUAAUUGGAACAUCCAUACUGAUGUAUUUGCACCCAGAAGAUCGUCCUUUGAUGAUUGCUAUUCACCGGAAAAUCCUGAAAUUUGCUGGCCAGCCCCCUUUUGAACAUUUACCUAUUCGAUUUUGUACUCAAAAUGGGGAUUAUGUCAUUCUGGAUACCAGCUGGUCCAGUUUUGUGAACCCUUGGAGCAGGAAAGUAGUGUUCAUCAUUGGCCGACACAAAGUCCGGACAAGCCCUCUGAAUGAAGAUGUCUUUGCUGCAAGAAGUAAAGAAAUGAGCAGUGUUGAGAAAGAGAUAAGAGAAUUGCAAGGACAGAUUUACAAGCUGCUUCUGCAGCCAGUUCACAGCAAUGUUUCCAGUGGUUAUGGAAGCCUUGGAAGCAAUGGCUCUUACGAGCAUUACAUCAGCAUAGCAUCUUCAAGUGACUCCAAUGGGAAUUGUGCAGAGGAGAUACAAGAACCAAUGACGUUGCAACAAGUUUGCGCAGAUGUCAACCGAAUAAAAAAUCUGGGACAGCAGCUGUAUAUUGCAUCGAGGAGCAAGCCACAGGAUGGAAGUGAACAGGCUGUGAGCUCAGAAACGCUAGGAGGGAAGAGGCACACUGCUUCCUGUUUUCUUCAGACACUGAGAAGUGAUAGCACAGAAGAACCAGGCAAUGCAUUUUAUGAUGAUUCAAAGAAGACUCCACGCGUUCCUUCCUAUCAACAGAUCAAUUGUGUUGAUAAUAUCAUAAGAUAUCUAGAGAGCUGCAGUAUUCCAGCAUUGAAAAGGAAAUGUAAAUCUUCUGCAAAUACAUCAUCGUCAUCUUCAGAAGAGGUCCAACAAAGUCAGCAGGAAGGCGAGGCAUUGGAAGUUAAUUCCCAAACUCCAGUAUCUGCUGAUGGAGAAGAGAGGCUGAAAGACCAGACAAGUGCAGGCAUGGUGGGCGCUCCUCUGGCAGACCUGACUCUCUCCAACAAGGCUCCGAGUGUGGUGUCCAUCACCAGCCAGUGCAGUUACAGCAGCACUAUAGUGCAUGUCCCACACCCGGAAUCAGAAGUCACUACAAUGGAGGAUACUACUGUUGGAAGUGAACAAAUUGAGCUGCCUCCUGUGAAUGCUCAGAGUCUCACUAUGAUGCCUGAGGACUUAGAGCCAGUUGGGCUAACAAAAGAGACGUUGUCAGCCCACACUCAAAAGGAGGAGCAGAACUACGUUGACAAGUUCCGCCAGAGGAUCUUGCUCUCUCCUUUUAGGACUUACCUUCAACAGGGGAGCAGAAGUAACAACGGACAGUCCUGUGGCCAAGGAGAUUCCCCUCCAAAGCAGAUGAGCCCAGCUAGCUGUAAAAAAGGCAAACGUGGAAAAUUCAAGCGGCAGAAACCUCAGAGGCAGUCCUCAGAUAGCCACUCUUCUAGUAAAAAUAGAAGUAGUCUUCCGUGUGAGAAGAGAACAACUCGGAAACAGUCAUCCUCUCCCUCGAAAGUGUCCUGUCUGAGCUCCUCCAGUAUGAAUGCCCUCCCUCCUCUAGGAUUUCCAGCUUCUUCAGAUCCACUGUCUAGUUUUCCAGCCUCUUCUGUAGGACAGGAGCUUGCCCUUCACUCGUUAAAACCUGGGUCCAUGUCAUCGUCCCAACUAUGCUGUGAAGCCCAGUCACACCCAGCCCUUUAUCCCCCUAACAUGGGCACACUUAUGGCUGUAUUUUUUCAGAGUUUCCCCAUGUAUGCUCAGAUGCCUCAAUACGUCUUUCUUCCUAGCCCUCAAUAUGUUUAUCCCCCCUCUUCGUAUCCGUGCGCUACACUACCUCCAGCCCCGCUUCCUUCUACUCCGUCACCAAUAGCACCGCACUGUGUGGAUCAGCCCUUUCCAGUCUCUUCUGCAACAACCAUGGAGGACCAGCAAGAAGGCCAGUGUGACCAGGACCCGCUGCUGAGUAGCUCACGGAGCAGCUCCCCUCUUCAGCUGAAUUUGCUUCAAGAAGAGCUGCCAAGACCUAUGGAGCUUUCCAUUAGUACUGAUGUUAAAGCAUGUGCAGAAGCUAAAGGUGACAACGAUCCAGAAGAUAGUGGUAACAGUUCUAGCCAUUGUGCUUCUUGUGAACUUACUGACCGCUCACUGUAUGAGGACUCCCAGUCGGGUAUGGGUUCAGCAGCAUCAGGUAGCGGAUCGGCUUUAUCUGCUUCUUUAGGUUCUGGCUCCAAUGAGACUUCUGGCUGUGGCACAGCAGGUAGCGGGAAAAGCAGCAAGUACUUUGCCAGUAAUGAUUCUUCUGAAGUUUCCAAAGAAGAGAAGAAUCAGGAAGCAGAAGUAAAAGGAACGGCUCAUAAAUCCAAGCAUGAGUCAGCCUGGGUGAUGAUGGAUCGCACACCUGAGCAAGUUCUAAUGACUUACCAAAUGCCCAACAGAAUUAAAGAGGAGGUUUUAAAGGAGGAUCUGGAGAAGCUGGCAGUCAUGCGCAAGCAGCAGCCUUGGUUCACUGAUGGGCAAAAGAAGGAGCUUGCAGAGGUGCAUACGUGGAUCCGGACCCAGACUGUCCCACUGCAAGUCAGCACCCAAGGCUGUGUUACAUGUGACAUCAGGGAAGCAAGUUGUGAGGCUGCAGUGGCUGAUGACAAUAUGGAAAGCAAGGGAAAAUCAUCUUCGCUCCCGCAACGCUGAAGGCAUCAGCGCUUGUGUCAGUAAAACUGUUUGGUGUAAUUCACGUUCUCUUUUCCUCUGGCUUUGCUACAUACUAGUGGUGAAUGUAUCUGGCUAUCUCUUCCCAACACAAGCAGUUACACAUGUGAAACUAAAUCUUUUUUCACUACCCUGCCGCUCCUGGCAUGAUUUUGAAGACAAUCUUUCACUGGGAGGCUGUUUCUUUUCCUGCCAUCACAGACUUGCUGCAUAAUGGGAUAUGUUUCUAACUUUUGAUUGCUCAAAUGAUGAGCAGGAUACAAAGGCUUUUUGGUUUGGGGUUUUGUUGGAUGGUUUGUUUGAACUUGGCAAGCAAGGGUCUUAAAAAGAUGCAGUGAUUGAGAACUUAGUGAUUAACCUAGCAGAUCAGCAUGUUUACUCUCUCUUUAAGCUAGGUGUGUUGAAACCAGGAUACAGCACAGUGCUCUUUGGUUUUGUUUGUUCAAUAUUUAAAGGUCUAAACUGAAGAUGACAAUGCUCUGAGGAUCUAAAAUCGCUGUGGGUGGUUUGAGACUCCAAUAGGCUUUUUAAUGAGCAGCUGAAAACUGGCCAAGUUAUUCUGCAUCAAAAUGCCUUUCACCAGCUUGUGCCCAUCGAGAAAACUGAAGAGAAGCAAAGCAAUUCUCGAUGUUUUUCCUUACGAGUGGUUUGGAACCAAGCUGGUUAUAGCAUUUCUUUUUAAAGCUGUGUAUCGAGAGAGAGAUGUUUAAAAGUAAUUGAAGGUAACUGGUUUGCAAAUCUGCUAGAGAUUAAAUUAUAAAUAGCCGUCAAAAAAAUAGAAGUAACAAUUCAGAAGUUACUUUCUUACGCAGGAUCUGCUCUCGAAGAAGAGAUCUGGAAAACCUCUGUCAAGGCACUGUAGCCUAGUUAUGAAUUCAAGUAACUACAUGCAAUCUUUUAUCCUAUGUUGCUAGCACUCCAGAAGGCAAAUUUGUAUCUUUAUUUUUGUUGUUUGUGUCAGAGGAGUUAGAUGAGCUGAAUCCAGACAUAGUGAGUAGGAAAUUUGAAGCUAUUUCCGUGUUUUGCUUUUAUUCUGAUGCCAAAAACAAAACGGAAAAAAAAAAGAGAUUGAGCUUUAUUUCUUUUGCUUUCCACAAGUUGUGGAACCAAACUUGAACAUCAAACUUUAUAUUCUUUAUUUCUUACCACUGUUGACUUCUUGGACAAGUUUCAGCCUUUUUCUUUAUAUGGAGUCUCUGCUGAUGAAGUCCAUGGAUGAAAAAUGAGUUUGUGCAUGGUGUGAGUUUGUUGUUUGGAAAGUGGUAACCACUUUCUCUUUCAAUAUGUGAAAAGCCUUGUUCUCAUGUUAAUACUUCUAGCUUAAAGCUGAAUGUCUCAAAGUGCUCUUCAGACAGGGCAUUCUUCACUAAAACGUAGCAGAUUGUCUGAUUUCCCCUUUGUUUAUCAAAAGCUAGAUGUAAUCAGAUUUUCCUUGUGGUGUUACGAAUCGCCUUAGCCUUCUCAAAAAAGAGUUUUAGAAUGUAAUGUAUUAUUCACCCUUUUAUUCUGUGUAAUUCUUCCUUUUUUGCUACGUGAAGGAUUUUCACCUUUUCUGUUUUAUUUACUAGCAAGACUCAAGUUGUUGAGGAAGUUAAAAAUACUGUGAUCUGCAGAUAUUUGAAGGAGAAUACAUUUAUCUAAGGUUUUUGUUACUUUUUAAAACAAUUCAGUGACAAUUUUUGCCCUUAAAGCUUAUUUCAAGUGAAGUUAUUUUUACAGAACUUUAAGUUUUCAAGGCUAGUUUGACUCGGACAGUACUUUUGGUUUGUUUUUUUACAGUAUGCUUGCCUUGCGUGUUUAUACCUAUUGCUUUCUAUUUAUUCUUAAGCUGCUUUUCUCUAUUUGUCUUUCAGUGUUUUCAGCUUAAACUUGUGUUUUCUUGUGUUGUAAAUCAGCAGAGAUUCACGCAUCCUCCAUACUUUUUGUGUUCAAACUCUAGAGGCUUCUUAAAAUAAGAGACUUAAGUAGGUAUUUAAAUAGAGCAAAUUAGUACUCUAAAUGGAAAACGUGGACGAUAGCCUUAUACCUUUCUUUGUCUUUCUCCAGCACUUUCCAAACGUGUUAUUCUGAUUAUAUACACACUACUUAAAAUACUUGCUCUAAGACGUGUAAGAAGAUUCUUUAUGUGUAGGUUCUUUUCUUAAUUGGGAAGCUUCUUAACUAACUUAAUUGUCAAAUUGGACUCAUGCACUAGAAUCCAUUCUAGUUCGUUAUGCUUAAAUUAAAACGACUGCUUUAAUGUAUUUUGUGUCUUGGUGAAAUAGAUGGAUUUGAAUACUUCAGAUAAGGACGGCUGCCUCCUUCGAAAUGGUUUAAACCUGUAAGCUAGGAGAGAAGUUCAGAUAAUCAACUAUUUUGCCGUGCAUUAUUUCCACUCUUCAUGGAAUAAUGCCUCCUAAGCGUGAAAAUGAGAUGGUUUGUGUUAUCUUAGCAGGCUUACAUGCCGUCCACUUCAUGAAACAGUGGGACUUAGUUUAGGAGAAUGGUAAUACGUACCUAACACUUGAAUAAUGCUUUUCAUCCGUAGGUCUGGAAGCAUGUCAAAAAGGUGACUAUCCCAGUUAUAUAAAAAGAGGCAGAGACACAAAGGACUUGCAUAGAUGCGUACCCCAGUUCAUACCAAAUCCAAGAGUAUAAUUUGGGGAUCUUCACUCAUGGUAUCCUGUGCUGUCUUUGCUACAAGCGGUCAAGAUUCUGACCUGUAUGUAGAAACUUGAUCAUGUUAUACGUGUUUCUUGUUUGGAGAUGUUAACCUUUCUUAUACCACAUACUGCUAUGAAUUUGUGCCGAGUAGGGUCAUAUAGCAUCAGAAAUCCUAGACAGUUUUUGUAGUGCUGUGAACACUGUACCCUCUGACCGUAAUGAAAGGUGCAUGUGCUUAGGAGUUUGAAUUUGAAGUCUGUAGUCCUGGAUAAAUCUUAGGUGCAAGAUUACUUGUCUGGGACUAUGCUAGUCCUGGGUCACAGUAAAAAUUAUGGUAGGGGAAAACAAUGUAAGAGGAACAAAAAGGUCAGUCGGUGCCCUGUGUGACAAUGAAACUAAACUAUUUACCUGAAAAUGCUAACGGUCUUGGCUGCGCAAACAGGUUUAGGACAGAACAGUUUCCCGAGCUACUCUUUGCCCUGCUAGAACCACAUCGUCUUGCAAUCAAAUGCCUUAUCAAGCCUUUUGGAAAGGACCUUGUUUCCAUGAGUUUUCAGGAAUUGGUAGUUUUUACUUCAGCUUACAUUAAUCUGUCAGUCUUUGUGGUUUGCUGGAAUAGUUGAAGAGAGUGAGGUAUGGUUCUGAUCUGAAAGACCAAUGGAGUAAAUAUUGCAGACAGUUUUGCCUAUGCUGUUUUGUUUAUAUGACUUUGUUUUACCUAGCAUAAAAAUCUUGCAGACACCUUAGAGCUGCUUGGAAGGUCACUUUUUUGGUGAUCAAAGGGAAAACAUGCAAGUACAGUAAUGAAGCAAUUACUGCCCCCUGUGGGGGUGUCAGCAGUUUGGAAACUCUUGACUUUUGCUGGCAAUUUUACUUGUUAGAUUCAUAAAUACGGAAUUACAUUUUGAAAAGAUGAGUUGAUGGUCAAUUAUUUUCAUGGCAUUGCUAUGAAUGGGAGGGACCCUAGUGUAUUUUUACAGUGUGUGCUAAAUAUUUGCUGAAUGAGUAAUGUAUUGGUAAGUUUAUCUUCCAGCUGAAUCAAGUUUUAAAUUGCAGUUGAAUGAAUUUUUACAUCAGUUGAUAGGAAUAUUUUAUUGAAAUUAUAUUCAGCUGUUGUUGAAUUUACAGUUGUGAUUUUAACUGUACACUUUAAAAAAGCUUCUGUUUUUAUAAAUAAAACUGAAAAAUAUGCUGCAAAGAACU